GCAAGCAGUGCGGCAUCAUCGGUGGGGGGAGGAGGGUGAGCGAGGAAGGAAAGUGGUCUGAUUCUGUCGUGUACAUGUAUGUCAUGCCUGUCUUUCCAUCUCCACAGAUCUCGUGAGUCCUGUGUUCGACCAGCACACGUAGGGAGGGGAGGGAGGAGGCAAACAAGGCGCUCUCAUACAUCCCGUCUGCAUGCUACUCUGUGUCGUUCGUUCUGCAGAUAUCACUCACUGAUGGCGUCUGACUCCGUUCCCUCUCUGUGGGCCUCUCACUCACGACGGCCUCACACACACUCGAUGACCCCACCAGGCGGCCGGCACUCGUCACACAGAUCGACAAGCAGCCGCCCACAGAGAUCCCCAGAGGCGUCACCCUGCCGGUCGUCCUGCAGCAGCGCAUCGAGCGGGCCAUACAUGAGGAGAUCCUUCAUGACCUCUUGGCCUUCGACAUUCCUGACGUGGUCGGGGCCCUCAGGACGGCCCAUGUGCUGAAGCGAUGCAGCGGCCACUGGAAGAUGAUCAAGGCCUUCAUCCCCCUGGUCUUCAUCCACCAGCUCACCCCCAAUGCGACGCGGCCCCUCAUGCUGUCGGCCGAUUCGCUGCCCACCACUUCAGCAUUCGAUGAGCUGCCCCUCACAAUGACCGCCUACAAGACAUUCGGCCACUUGCUCAGCCACCGGGGGACCAGCCUGGCGCUGCAGCGAGCUGACAACGGUGCCUAUCGGAUCGGCGAUCAUUCGUUUCGUGUGGUGCCGCAGAGUGAGCUGCCGGCCGACCAUCCCUACCGCGGCACAUACAAGGAGAGCGACCCCGUCAUCCGCUGGGGCCAUCUUCUCUAUCCAUCAUUCACGGCAUUCAUCAAGCGAACGGUUCUGAUACAGUGGUGUUACCAAAAGUGGGUGGUGAGGAAGCCACUGGGAAUAGCUCGUGUCGGUCGUGACGACACUCGCUAUCGGUCCCUGCUGACGGCACCGUCCAUCGAGGGCUACAAGACCGUCGACUACAUCGAUGAGGAUCCAUUCGCCCCGGGAGACGACGGCCGCCGACGAUUUAUCAUUCUCAAGGGCACCGCAGCCAACGACACCACUGCGGUCCACCUGUGGCUGUUCGAUGGCCACAUCCGCCUCUGGACGACCGAGGCGCCGACAAAGGGCAGACACGUUGCAACUGUGGCGGCCGCCCGCCCUCUGCUGGGCAGCUAUGGGCUGGAUCAGCGUAUGCUGGGAUAGAUCUAUUCGAUGACGAAAUACUGGUGAGGAUGGAUGGGGGGGAGGGAGGGGUGCUGUAGGUUGUGAGGGAGAGAGAGUAGGUGUGACCGUCCCGUCAUCUCAUUCCUCGUGUGGCGUGCUGCGUUGAUUUCUGUAGGUGUCGCAUUACUCUGUUGGCGUGACAGUGUAGCGGAUUACUCCAGGUGCCCGGAAGGACGGGUGGGUCUCACCAGGAGGGAGGCCUGAUCAAGCGGGGGUGGUAGACAAGGUGGUGCUGUGGGUCAACAGUGACCGUAGCAACCCCGGCCGUGAUGUAGGUCCCUCCCUCUCUCCCGUCUUGCUGUCUUCUUUCCCGUGCGUGUUGCCACGUCACCCCCCUCUCUCUCUGCCUGCCUGCCUGCCUGCCCGGUGUGUGGGUGAGGCUGCGAGUUUUCCUGGUCGACGAGUGGAUGGGCCGGUCGAACGGCCAAUCGCUCCCCGGCCGCUCACUGACCGACUCACUGGGACUUGGCAGACACAGACAGACAGAGGCUUCUUCCGCUCUAACUAAAUGGGCGUCCGAGUGAGGAAGGUGGUUUGGUGUGUCGUAAGUAUCUUGUGUUGCGGUGCGGCUUGUUGAGAUGCCUGCCUGCAUAGAGGAUAACUGUAGUCUCGAUGCAGAACCAAAAAACCUGUGUGUAUGUCUGUUUUAUGUGGAUGCGAGGAUGAAUUGUCCGUUAGACCGGUGUGCCCUUGCAUGUGUGUGAUGCAAUGUUGACUGCCAGGGAGGUAGGUGGCAACACGAACAGUAACAAAUACACUCAUUGUGCUG